GAUAGUGAACUGAAACAAAUUGGUAAUUGAAGCAAAAUGAAGUUUGCGGAACACUUGUCUGCUCACAUUACACCAGAAUGGCGCAAACAAUAUAUUAGCUACGAGGAAAUGAAAGCAAUGUUGUAUACUGCUGUAGAAGAAGCACCUUCAGAUGAAAGUGUUGAACCAGAAGUAAUAUCUCGACAUUUUGCUUCUUUUGAUGAAGUAUUUUUUACAUUUUGUGACCGUGAAUUAAAGAAAAUUAAUACUUUUUAUUCUGAAAAAUUAGCAGAAGCUACACGUAAAUAUGCAGCGCUUCAAAGUGAAUUGAAAACAGCAUUAGAAUUACAACAAGGUGGAGGCAAAAAUAAGGGAAAAGUGAAUGUUAAACCUCAUUUACCAACAAGGAAGCUGAGAGAGUUGAAACUUGCAUUUUCAGAAUUUUAUUUAUCUCUUAUACUUCUUCAGAAUUAUCAAAAUCUUAACUACACUGGUUUCCGAAAAAUUCUUAAAAAGCAUGACAAGUUAUUGUCUGUAGAUAGUGGAUCAAAGUGGAGAGUAGAAUGUGUAGAAACUGCACACUUUUAUACAUCAAAAGAUAUAGACAAACUCAUACAAGAUACAGAAACUACUGUAACAAAUGAUUUGGAAGGUGGAGACAGACAACGUGCUAUGAAACGUUUACGUGUCCCACCUUUAGGAGAGCAUCAAAGUCCAUGGACAACAUUUAAAGUUGGAUUAUUUUCUGGUAGUUUUAUUGUAUUAUUUGUUGCAGUUGUACUUUCAGCAAUAUUUCAUGAUGGUGGAGAAAAUUUAAAAAUUGCAUUUCGAUUAUAUCGUGGGCCUCUACUUAUUAUACAGUUUUUAUUCCUUAUUGGUGUGAAUGUUUAUGGAUGGCGAUCAUCCGGUGUUAAUCACGUAUUAAUAUUUGAAUUGGACCCGCGAAAUCACUUGUCUGAACAACACCUCAUGGAACUAGCUGCUGUUCUUGGUGUUAUAUGGACACUUAGUUUAUUAAGUUUUUUAUACAGUGCUAGUUUAAGCAUUCCACCAUAUGUAAAUCCAUUAGUUUUAGUAUGUAUCAUGCUAGCAUUUCUCCUUAAUCCCUUAAAAAUGUUCCGUCAUGAGGCACGAUUUUGGCUACUAAAAAUUAUUGGAAGAGUUUUAAUAUCACCAUUUGCAUAUGUAAAUUUUGCUGAUUUUUGGUUGGCAGAUCAAUUGAACAGUAUGGCUACAGCACUGUUAGAUUUCCAUUUUUUAACAUGUUUUUAUAUUACCAAUGGAAAUUGGUUAGAUGCAGGAGAUACUACCCAAUGUAUGUCUGGAUCUUUAAUCGUUAGACCUAUCGUUAAUUGUUUACCUGCAUGGUUUCGUUUUGCACAAUGUAUUCGACGAUACCGGGAUUCUAAAGAGGCAUUCCCACAUUUGGCUAAUGCUGGAAAAUAUUCGACUACAUUCCUUGUUGUAAUAUCUAAUACGAUGUGCACCUAUCGUGCUGUGGAAUAUCAAAGUCGUUGGGAAAAUCCAUGGCUGUGGUUUUGGAUUAUUAGCUGUCUUGUCAAUUCGAUCUAUUCAUUAACUUGGGAUUUGAAAAUGGAUUGGGGGCUUUUAGAUAGCAAUGCUGGUGAAAACAAAUUUUUACGUGAAGAAGUGGUGUAUUCGGCAGCAGGAUUUUAUUAUUUCGCUAUAAUUGAGGAUUUUAUUUUGAGAUUCGCGUGGAUUGCAAGUUUUGGCCUCAUUGAAUGUGGAUAUGUAUCUAGUGAUUUGAUGACAUCUGUAGUAGCUCCUCUUGAGGUUUUUAGGCGGUUCGUUUGGAAUUUCUUUCGAUUAGAGAAUGAACAUUUAAAUAACUGUGGUAAAUUCCGUGCAGUUCGUGAUAUAUCGAUAGCACCGAUAGAAAGUUCUGAUCAAACGCAGAUUUUGCGUAUGAUGGAUGAAGAAAAUGGUGUACUUAAUAGAGGGAAACGUAAAGUUGGUGGUAAACGACAAACCAAUACCAAAGAAGACAAGCGUGCACUGCUUAAAGAAGAAACAAUUGAUAUAGAUAUAUCGAAUGCUAGUUGA